UGCUCUUUGUGUGUGGGGCGGAUUAACGCUGGUUAGAUACCGGGGACGAAACUAGAGCAUCAGUCGGCUCGCAAGACGAGCGAAAAGACGGGGAAGCGGCCGGAACGGCGUCGCACCGCCACCUCGCAUCGUCGGAGGGACAUGAGAUUUGCAGAUUUGGAUGUGGCGUGAGUGAGACUUUGUUACCAUGACGACCCACGUGACCCUGGAAGAUGCCCUGUCCAAUGUGGACCUGCUGGAGGAGCUGCCCCUCCCAGACCAGCAGCCAUGCAUCGAACCCCCUCCCUCCUCCAUUAUGUACCAGGCCAAUUUCGACACCAACUUUGAAGACAGGAAUGCCUUUGUGACUGGCAUUGCUCGUUAUAUAGAGCAAGCUACAGUCCAUUCCAGCAUGAAUGAAAUGCUGGAGGAAGGACACGAGUAUGCUGUGAUGCUUUACACUUGGAGAAGCUGCUCGAGAGCUAUUCCGCAGGUGAAAUGCAACGAGCAGCCCAACAGAGUUGAGAUCUAUGAAAAAACAGUGGAGGUGUUGGAGCCUGAAGUCACCAAGCUCAUGAAGUUCAUGUACUUUCAGCGGAAAGCCAUUGAACGUUUCUGCAGUGAAGUCAAGCGCCUGUGCCAUGCAGAGAGAAGGAAAGAUUUUGUGUCCGAGGCCUAUCUGCUCACUCUGGGCAAAUUUAUCAACAUGUUUGCUGUCCUGGAUGAACUGAAAAACAUGAAGUGUAGCGUCAAGAAUGAUCACUCUGCUUACAAAAGGGCUGCCCAGUUUCUGAGGAAGAUGGCUGACCCUCAGUCAAUUCAGGAGUCUCAGAAUCUCUCCAUGUUCUUAGCCAACCACAACAGGAUCACUCAGUGCCUGCAUCAACAACUGGAGGUGAUUCCCGGUUAUGAGGAACUUUUGGCAGAUAUUGUCAACAUUUGUGUAGAUUAUUACGAGAACAAGAUGUAUUUGACUCCAAGUGAGAAACACAUGCUGCUCAAGGUGAUGGGCUUUGGUCUGUACCUUAUGGAUGGAAAUGUGAGUAAUAUUUACAAACUGGAUGCCAAAAAGAGAAUCAACCUGAGCAAGAUUGACAAGUUCUUUAAACUUCAAGUUGUGCCACUCUUUGGAGACAUGCAGAUAGAGCUGUCCCGUUACAUUGAGACAAGUGCGCACUACGAAGAAAACAAAUCCAAGUGGACGUGCACCCAGAGCAGUAUCUCCCCACAGUACAACCUCUGUGAGCAGAUGGUGCAGAUCAGGGAAGACCACAUCAGAUUCAUCUCUGAACUGGCGCGAUAUAGCAACAGUGAAGUGGUGACGGGCUCGGGUUUGGACAGCCAAAAGUCAGACGAGGAAUACAGAGAGCUUUUUGACCUGUCGCUGAGGGGUCUACAGUUGCUGUCCAAGUGGAGCACACAUGUCAUGGAAGUUUACUCAUGGAAGCUGGUCCAUCCCACAGAUAAGUUCUGUAAUAAGGAUUGUCCAGGCACAGCAGAGGAGUAUGAACGAGCCACGCGAUACAAUUACACCAGUGAGGAAAAAUUUGCCCUGGUGGAAGUGAUUGCCAUGAUCAAAGGGCUUCAGGUUCUGAUGGGCCGAAUGGAGUCCGUUUUUAAUCAGGCAAUCAGGAAUACCAUUUACGCUGCGCUGCAGGACUUUGCCCAGAUGACCCUCAGGGAGCCUCUGCGACAGGCUGUCCGCAAGAAAAAGAAUGUCCUCAUUAGUGUUCUGCAGGCCAUUCGAAAGACCGUCUGUGACUGGGAAGGGGCGAGGGAACCUCCAAAUGACCCUUGUCUGAGGGGGGAAAAGGACCCGAAAGGGGGAUUUGAUAUCAAGGUUCCUCGGAGAGCUGUGGGACCAUCGAGUACACAGCUGUACAUGGUGCGCACCAUGCUUGAGUCAUUGAUUGCAGACAAGAGUGGCUCUAAAAAGACUCUGCGCAGCAGCCUGGAUGGACCCAUUGUGGUGGCCAUAGAGGACUUCCACAAACAAUCCUUCUUCUUCACACACUUGCUCAACUUCAGCGAGGCCCUGCAGCAGUGCUGUGAUCUAUCCCAACUGUGGUUUAGAGAGUUCUUUCUUGAGCUGACCAUGGGACGCAGAAUCCAGUUCCCUAUUGAGAUGUCCAUGCCUUGGAUCCUUACUGACCACAUUCUGGAGACCAAGGAGCCUUCGAUGAUGGAGUAUGUGCUGUAUCCUCUGGACUUGUACAAUGACAGCGGCUACUAUGCUCUUACUAAGUUCAAGAAGCAGUUCCUUUAUGAUGAAAUUGAAGCUGAGGUAAACCUUUGUUUCGAUCAGUUUGUCUACAAGUUGGCUGAUCAAAUAUUUGCUUACUACAAAGCAAUGGCUGGAAGCGUCCUACUAGAUAAGCGCUUCCGUGCAGAGUGUAAAAACUAUGGCGUGAUUAUACCAUACCCUCCUUCAAACCGCUAUGAGACGCUGCUCAAACAGAGACAUGUACAGCUACUGGGUCGCUCCAUUGACCUGAACCGCCUGAUCACACAGAGGAUCUCAGCUGCCAUGUACAAGUCUCUUGACCAUGCCAUCAGCCGCUUUGAAAGCGAGGAUCUGACUUCCAUCGUGGAGUUGGAAUGGCUGCUGGAGAUCAACAGACUCACCCACCGGCUUCUGUGCAAGCACAUGACCCUUGACAGCUUUGAUGCCAUGUUCCGGGAGGCCAAUCACAAUGUCUCUGCUCCCUACGGACGAAUUACACUGCACGUCUUUUGGGAGCUUAAUUUUGAUUUCCUCCCAAACUACUGCUACAACGGAUCCACAAACCGCUUUGUACGCACAGCCAUUCCCUUCACCCAGGAGCCUCAAAGAGACAAGCCAGCCAAUGUGCAGCCUUACUACCUGUAUGGGUCCAAGCCUCUGAACAUUGCCUAUUCUCACAUAUACAGCUCCUACAGAAACUUUGUUGGCCCGCCUCAUUUUAAGACAAUUUGUCGUCUGCUCGGCUAUCAAGGCAUUGCCGUUGUGAUGGAGGAGCUGCUAAAGAUUGUCAAAAGCCUGUUACAGGGCACCAUUCUGCAGUAUGUAAAAACACUGAUAGAAGUCAUGCCCAAAAUCUGCCGCCUACCCCGCCAUGAGUAUGGCUCCCCAGGGAUCCUGGAGUUCUUCCACCAUCAGCUCAAGGAUAUUAUUGAGUACGCUGAGCUCAAGACAGAUGUCUUCCAGAGCUUAAGGGAGGUGGGAAAUGCCAUCCUCUUUUGCCUUCUCAUCGAGCAAGCUCUGUCACAGGAGGAAGUGUGUGACCUUCUUCAUGCUGCACCCUUCCAGAACAUACUACCAAGAGUAUACAUCAAAGAGGGAGAACGUCUGGAAGUGAGGAUGAAAAGGUUGGAAGCAAAGUACGCCCCUCUUCACCUUGUGCCUCUAAUUGAGAGGUUGGGAACCCCUCAGCAAAUUGCCAUUGCCCGUGAGGGAGAUUUGCUGACCAAAGAGCGUCUGUGUUGUGGCCUCUCCAUGUUUGAGGUCAUCUUGACGCGUAUCCGCAGCUUCCUGCAGGACGGGGUGUGGCGCGGGCCUCCUCCCACUAACGGUGUCAUGCAUGUUGAUGAAUGCAUGGAGUUCCAUCGCCUCUGGAGUGCAAUGCAGUUUGUGUAUUGCAUUCCUGUAGGCACUCAUGAGUUCACAGCAGAGCAAUGCUUUGGGGAUGGUCUGAACUGGGCCGGCUGUGCCAUUAUUGUUCUGUUGGGACAACAGCGCCGUUUUGAUCUUUUUGACUUCUGCUACCACCUGCUGAAGGUCCAAAGACAAGACGGCAAGGAUGAGAUCAUCAAAAAUGUGCCACUAAAGAAAAUGGCAGAUCGCAUCAGGAAGUACCAGAUCCUUAACAAUGAGAUCUUUGCUAUCCUAAACAAGUACAUGAAGGCGGUGGAGACUGACAGUUCCACUGUGGAGCAUGUUCGUUGUUUCCAACCUCCUAUACACCAAUCCCUGGCCACCACUUGUUGAAAACAAAUACACACACAUAGCACACACUGAAACACAAACACAUGCGAUGGCGUGUCUUGCUACUUGCUGGUCUCUUACAGUUGUCCGAUACUGUAAUUCCUCCUCACUGACUAAAGGCCUUCAAGACAAAUCAUCUUAAACGGUCCCUGUCAUGUCUUUGAAUGACUGGCACAGUGAGGUUGAUCAGACCAGAAGUGGAAAGAGGUCUUCGCUAUUUUUUAUUUUCAGGUUUAAUAUACACCGCAGUCAGACUCAUGCAUGUCCUGCUUUCCUUCGACUUCACACCUGAAGAUUGGAUUACUUACACAUAUGUCCAAAUAGUCAUAUCAGAGUCCAGACUGCUAGAAGAAAUUAAACUCUGUUUCAAUUAAUAUGAAUUAUUAAAAAGAUCUCAGCCACGCGUUGCUCAUAAGUCCUAUUAUAGAUACUUACAAUAUUUGCAUCGGACAUGUCAGACUCACAGCUCAGCUAAGUUUACCAUAACAUGUUAGAAAAAUCCCCUCUGCGUAUGACAUACCUUCCAUUUCCAUUUGAAGAGUCCUUCAUUACUUUUUGUGUUGACUCCAUCUGUUUGCUUUCAAGGGAAUGGUACUUGGCUGUUUUGAUUUGCUUUUAAUUAUCUUAUUCCCAAUCCCACCCCAUCACAUCCAGUUUUCUUGCCUGAUGGCACAUUUUUAUUCAAUAUUUUUCAAUGUAAAUUUCACUGUUGAACUAAGUGAAGUGUUGAGUGUUGUAAUUGUUCUUGUUUUACUAUGAAUAUUUUACUUUACACAUAUUUGGUAUACUUGUCUGAUACUGACUGGAAACCUUAUUUUUUUCUUGUUUGCCUGUGGGAAAGAUUUUUAUAUACUGUAUAAGGAUACAGUGAUAAUAUUCAUAAUUUGGAAAGAACACACAAUUUGGGGUGAAAGUGUUUGCUUUUUACCAGCGUUAAAAACAACAACACAAUUAGAAGAAAUACCUCUGGCUUUAUGAUGACAGUGCUGUACUAGAUUAACCUGUUUGGAGUGUGUGUGUGGACGAUGCUGGUCCAGUAGAUGUGUGAAAUAUAGAAAACUGUAAAAAAAAAGUUACUUAAAUGAACAUUUCCUGAAUAUAAACAGUAUUAAUUAUUGUUGGAUUUUUGCUUUAGCUUUAGCAGUGUUACAAAGAUAUGCUAAAUUAGCGAGCCCCUAUUUUUUCAUAUGACGAGAAACAAAAUGACUUAUUCAGCAGUAACUCUGUACUGAUAAUCUUUUAAUUCUUAAUUGAGACAUUUAUUUUGUAACUCUGCUGUCUUUUUAUUUUAUUUAUUAAACUUUGAUCUGUUGUUUUUUUACAGGUUAAUCUAGUAAAAAAGGAAGGCACAAGUGUAUCAUUGCAAAACCUUAGCAUGGAAGUGUAAUUUAUUGUCAUCAAUGGCUCCAUUUGUGACAUGAGGCUUUGUUUAUGUAAUUGUACAAGUGACCAUGUUUUGAAGUACUGAAAAUGGAGAAAAGACUAUAAAAUGUACAACAAUGGUCCUGCAUAGGAUUUGAAAUGAUGUUGUAUUUCCAUGAAA